AAUAAUUACUCAAAGAAAAAUUGCAAGUAUAUAUAGCAAAACAAACAUAUUAGUUUUAAGACGCAUGCAUAUAAAGCAAACACACUCCUAGAAAUCAGAAACGGAUAUCCUUGAAGAUAGGAUUGUAGAAAAUGACUCGGUCUCUCACCAUAAAUCUAUCUACCUCUUUACCAACGUUAACAAAUGUCUUGUUAUCAAUCAAAACUUUUUCUCCAAUAAAUUUUCUUUGAAUCCUACCACGAUAAUAUUUCAAUUUUAUUUCAUAUCCUUCAUGAUAGCUAUAGCGUGAAGAAUGGAAUUUUUCAAUUUUCCUUUGGUAUGUUUUGAUAGAUCUUUCCAAUGACACUAGAAAUAUUUCAAGACACAAAGAGGAUUUGUUCUUUGUUAAUUCUUUCCAAAAGAUGUGUCAAGCAAAAUGACCAAAGGCUUGCAACGAAAUUCAUCACAUGUAGAUUUUCUAUAGAAAAUUAAAUCAUAAUUAUAGAAUUGGCACAUAGAAAAGAUGAUGUCAUCAUCAAGCCAACCUUCAAAAAAGUCUGUACGUAAUACUGGAGUAUCAGAAUCGAGUAGUUCCCAAGGAGCGCGCAACUCUGGAGGACCAACUGUGAAGUUUGCAAGGCGAACUUCAAGUGGGAAAUAUGUAACAUUGUCAAGAGAAGACAUUGACAUGUCUGGAGACAUGUCAGGAGACUAUAUGAACUAUACUGUUCAUAUUCCUCCUACCCCUGAUAAUCAACCCAUGGACUCAUCAGUUGCUAUGAAAGCUGAAGAACAAUAUGUUUCCAAUUCUUUAUUUACUGGAGGAUUCAAUAGCGUAACUAGAGCCCACUUAAUGGACAAGGUGAUUGAUUCUGAGGUGAGCCACCCCCAAAUGGCAGGCGCCAAAGGCUCUGCUUGCUCAAUGCCUGCCUGUGAUGGCAAGGUUAUGAAGGAUGAAAGAGGAAAUGAUGUAAUCCCAUGUGAGUGUAGGUUCAAGAUUUGCAGAGACUGCUUUUUGGAUGCACAAAAAGAAAGUGGCUUAUGCCCUGGUUGUAAAGAGCCAUAUAGAGUGGGUGAAUAUGACGACGAUGCAGAUUAUUCUAAUAGAGCAUUGCCGUUACCUGCACCAGAUGGCUCUAAGCGGGAUGCAAACAACAUGUCUGUCAUGAAAAGGAAUCAAAAUGGAGAAUUUGACCAUAAUCGGUGGCUAUUUGAGACCAAAGGUACCUAUGGUGUUGGAAAUGCGUAUUGGCCUCAGGAAGAUCAUAUGUAUGGUGGUGAUGGUGAUGGUGGUAUGCAAGGAGGAAUGAUAGAUCCAUCAGACAAACCAUGGAAGCCUUUAAGUAGAAUAAUACCAAUUCCAACUGCUAUCUUGAGUCCUUAUAGGUUGCUAAUUUUUGUUCGAUUAAUAGUAUUGGGAUUCUUUUUACAUUGGAGAAUAGCACAUCCAAAUCAAGAUGCAUUAUGGUUGUGGUUUAUGUCAAUUAUUUGUGAGACAUGGUUUGCUUUUUCUUGGAUACUUGAUCAAAUUCCCAAGUUUUCCCCCAUUAACCGUUCCACUGACCUUGAAGUCCUUCAUGAGAAAUUUGAUGCUCCAUCCCCUUCCAAUCCUACCGGGAGAUCAGAUUUACCGGGUGUUGACUUUUUUGUAUCCACUGCUGAUCCUGAUAAAGAGCCACCUCUGGUGACUGCCAAUACAAUUCUUUCCAUAUUAGCAGUUGAUUAUCCCGUGGAAAAGCUUUCAUGUUAUGUUUCUGACGAUGGAGGUGCCCUAUUGACUUUUGAAGCCAUGGCUGAGGCUGCUAGCUUUGCCGACUUAUGGGUUCCUUUUUGCAGAAAACAUCAAAUUGAGCCCAGGAAUCCAGAGAGUUACUUCAACUUAAAAGUUGACCCCACAAAGAACAAAAGCAGAUCAGAUUUUGUGAAGGACAGAAGAAGGGUCAAAAGAGAAUAUGAUGAGUUCAAAGUGCGCAUCAAUGGGCUUCCAGAUUCUAUUAGGAGAAGAUCAGAUGCCUUCAAUGCACGAGAGGAAAUGAAGAUGAUGAAACACAUGAAAGAGAGUGGUGCCGACCCUUCUGAACCAAUUAAAGUGUUGAAGGCAACAUGGAUGGCUGAUGGUACCCAUUGGCCUGGCACUUGGGCUUCUCCUUCUAGGGAGCAUGCAAAAGGUGAUCAUGCUGGAAUACUUCAGGUGAUGUUGAAGCCGCCAAGUCCUGAUCCAUUGUUAGGAAGUGCAGAUGACAAGAUCAUAGACUUUGCAGAAGUAGAUAUACGAUUACCAAUGUUUGUGUAUGUAUCUCGAGAGAAACGCCCGGGUUACGAUCACAACAAGAAAGCAGGUGCCAUGAAUGCACUAGUUCGAGCAUCCGCGAUUCUGUCGAAUGGGCCAUUCAUUCUGAACCUUGACUGUGACCACUACAUCUAUAAUUGCAAGGCGGUGCGAGAAGGAAUGUGCUUCAUGAUGGAUAGAGGUGGUGAAAACAUAUGCUAUAUCCAAUUCCCACAAAGGUUUGAAGGAAUUGAUCCUUCAGAUCGCUAUGCCAACCACAAUACUGUCUUCUUUGAUGGUAACAUGCGAGCUCUUGAUGGUCUUCAAGGUCCAGUUUAUGUGGGAACGGGUUGCAUGUUUCGAAGAUUUGCACUAUAUGGUUUUAACCCUCCCUUGGUGGAUCAGGUAAACCCUAAAAAAGGUGAGGGUGAGUCUGAAAUGCAAGCAUUGAGUGCUAGUGAAUUUGAUAGAGAUCUAGAUAUGAACCUAUUGCCAAAACGUUUUGGUAAUUCUACCUUGUUAUCCGAGAGCAUACCCAUUGCUGAGUUCCAAGGUCGGCCACUUGCAGAUCAUCCGGCAGUCAAGUAUGGACGUCCACCUGGUGCUCUUAGGGUACCUCGUGACCCACUUGAUGCCACAACUGUAGCAGAGGCCGUAUCUGUCAUUUCUUGUUGGUACGAGGACAAGACAGAGUGGGGAGAUAGGGUAGGAUGGAUUUAUGGGUCAGUGACAGAAGACGUGGUUACAGGGUAUCGCAUGCACAAUCGUGGAUGGCGUUCUGUGUAUUGUGUAACAAAAAGAGACUCGUUUCGCGGAUCGGCACCAAUUAAUCUCACUGAUCGACUGCACCAGGUGUUACGAUGGGCCACAGGCUCUGUUGAAAUCUUCUUCUCAAAGAAUAAUGCUAUACUUGCAAGUCGGCGCCUUAAUUUUCUUCAAAGACUCGCUUACCUCAAUGUUGGCAUAUACCCAUUCACCUCUGUGUUCCUUAUUGUGUAUUGUUUCCUCCCUGCACUUUCUCUAUUUUCUGGGUUCUUCAUUGUCCAAACUCUUAGCAUUGCCUUCUUGAUCUACUUGCUUACCAUCACCAUAUGUUUGGUUUUGUUGGCCAUUCUUGAGGUAAAAUGGUCUGGCGUUGAGUUAGAGCAAUGGUGGAGAAACGAACAAUUUUGGCUCAUUUCUGGAACUAGUGCUCACUUUGCUGCUGUGGUUCAAGGACUCCUUAAGGUCAUUGCUGGUAUUGAAAUUAAUUUCACAUUGACAUCCAAAUCUGCGGCAGAGGACGAUGAAGAUAUAUAUGCAGAUUUGUAUAUAGUUAAGUGGUCCUCCCUGAUGAUUCCACCCAUUGUUAUUGCUAUGGUGAACAUUAUUGCCAUUGUGGUUGCAUUUUCUAGGACAAUUUUCAGCGUAUAUCCAGAUUGGAGCAAGUUUAUUGGAGGUGCUUUCUUUAGUUUUUGGGUGCUUGCUCAUUUGUAUCCAUUUGCAAAAGGGUUGAUGGGGAGGAGAGGAAAGACCCCAACCAUUGUGUAUGUUUGGGCAGGUCUCGUUGCCAUUACAAUUUCUUUGUUGUGGAUUGCCAUUAGCCCACCCAAGGGAGGCGCAAAAGGUUUUAAGACAGAAUUCCAAUUUCCAUGAAACAUUAAUAGCAUUUUGCUACUUUAACGUCAACAACACUAUAUGUACCUAACUUUGGUGUGAGCACCAUGUUUGAAAGAGAAG